AAAGAAAAUAUAAUGAGCUAUACUUCUACAACAGCUCUCUGUGUUCUACUAGUCCUUAUUGCAACCAACUUAUUAAGCAUUAAUGAAGCUAAAAGAUGCAAUCCCAGUGGGAAACUAAGAGGCAAAAAGCCACCUCCAGGAAAAUGCAACCCUGAAAAUCAAUCAGAAUGCUGCAAAAAGGGCCAGUUCUAUACUACCUACGAGUGCUCACCAAGGGUGUCUCGCCACACCAAGGCAGUUCUGACAAUUAACAGCUUCCAGAAGGGUGGUGAUGGCGGCGGGAAAUCAGCAUGUGACAACAAGUUUCACUCGGACAACAUUCCGGUGGUGGCCUUAUCCACAGGAUGGUUCAAUAAAGGGCACAGGUGUUUACAGAACAUAACCAUACAUGGUAAUGGGAGAAGUGUGAGUGCAAUGGUUGUGGAUGAGUGUGAUUCAACAGUAGGGUGUGAUGAGAUUCAUGAUUAUCAGCCCCCAUGUCCUCAUAACAUUGUUGAUGCUUCUAAAGCCGUUUGGAAGGCAUUAGGAGUCCCCAAACAUAAACGGGGUGAGCUUGAUAUCUUCUGGUCUGAAGAUUGCAAUCCCAGUGGGAAAAUAAGAGGGAAAAAGCCUCCUCCAGGACAAUGCAACCAAGAAAAUGACUCUGAUUGCUGCAAGCAAGGCAAAUCUUAUACUACCUACGAGUGCUCACCAAGAGUGUCAGGCAAAACCAAGGCAGUUUUGACAAUCAACAGCUUUGAGAAGGGUGGAGAUGGCGGAGGGCCCUCAGAAUGCGACAACAAUUACCACUCAGACGACACUCCGGUGGUGGCAUUGUCCACGGGCUGGUUCAACAAUAUGCAGAGAUGUCUUCAGAACAUAACCAUAUAUGGUAAUGGGAGAAGUGUGAGUGCAAUGGUUGUGGAUGAGUGUGAUUCAACAGCAGGGUGUGAUGCUGAUCAUGAUUAUCAGCCUCCUUGUCCUAAUAACAUCGUUGAUGCUUCUAAAGCUGUUUGGAAGGCAUUAGGAGUCUCCAAAGGUGACUGGGGCGAAUUGGAUAUUUACUGGUCUCAAGCUUGA